GACAGAGAUCCCAGUUUUCGUGGUUAAGUCAUGUAGGCCUAUUUCUAAAAUGGCGGCGCCCAUGCUGAGGUUCUCAGCACGAGUAAUUUCGGCUCGUCAUGCCCUUCACUGGGCCUGCUUGCCCUACCGGUGCCUACAGACCACUGCCGUGUGCUGCAAGACCGUGGCUGGCCGUGUGAAAGUGAGCAAAGGGGAGAAGCCUAUCACCUAUGAGCAGGCCAACCCGCCAUUUCAGAUAGGUGUUCGGAAAGGCUGGAGUGCUCAACACACAGCCAACCUCAAGAACGAGAAUGGUGCCGCCGACAUCGCCAUGGAUGACCUCUUCAUCCGGAAGUUCAUCUAUGGCACCUUCCACAACUGUCUGGCCACGGACCUCAUCAUCAAGCGGCGGGCCAACCAGAUCAUCCUGGUGGGGAUCAUGCUGCGGAACCUAGCUCCCCAGAAAUACUACUUCCUGAGUGGCUACACAGAGGAGCUGCUCUCCCAUUGGUUCAAAUGCCCCGUCAAAAUGGAAAUUCAGAUAGUCGACGACCGGCCCAUAUACAAGUGGAUAUGAUUGGACUGUUUAAAUGCACUAUUUAUUCUAACCCUAUCAGUUCCUUUUAUUUAGAAUUCACCAGUGACAUUAGUCAAAUGUAUAUACUGGUACCCAGUAUUUAUUUGGUGCAUGGGUUGCCAAGGAAAAAUUGCUCAGCGGUCAACAAAUCAGCCCCGAUUAAAUUUAGCCUAUUCUUGAGUCAAGAAUCUUAAGGAAGGAUCUCAAAUUCUUUUUCCUGUUUAUUUGUUUUGUCAGAUGUCGUAGAACAAACAUUGAAGCUCUUCAUUUAGCAAUUUCACUCAUUUGGCAUCGGAAUAAAUACAGAAGUCACGUAGGUGAAAACAGCGACACAUUAUAAAGAGCCCACAAAAUGAUGUGACAUCCAGAUGAAACUCUGUGUCAAAUGGCUGAGAAAACUUGGAGGGUACUGUUAAUUUCCAUUGCACAAAAUACUUUCAAAGGCUUCUAGAGCCUCCAAAAUCCUUCAGGUGGUUUUGGAGGAUUUUGGAGGAUUGAGGGUGAAUGGCAAAAGUGCAUGGCUGAUGUCAA